GCAGAUGUUGCUUAGCUGCCUUAGCAGCACGGAGCUCCAGCCAACCACACCAAGGAUGGUUUCUUCAAGUUUAUUUCAUCUUUUAUAACGGUCUAUUUCUACAAAAUGAAGCUUCCUUACUCCUAGCGUCGUGAGGAUAUGACGAGGAGGUGUCCUAUGCUGCAUUAGUGGAAGAGUGACAUGCUGGCUUGUUUGCCAGCAUCAGGUGACCCUACUAUCAAUCUUCUCCCUCGCACGCAGAUGAACACUGGACUUCAGAAAUGGGAAACUACACAGAAGAUGAGAUCUGCCAGCUAUCCAACGCCAGCAGAGUUGGAUGCCUAUGCUAAGAAAGUCGCCAACACCCCUCUGAGCAUCCAGAUCUUUCCGAACAGUGUCAAAGUACCUCAAAGGAAGCACAUACGCCGUACAGUCAACGGACUUGACACAUCCUCGUCCAGCCAGCGCCACAGUCCUUAUCCUUCUCAGGUGAGCAGCAGCGGAGGGCUGCUGGCUGUCCUCCGUGCACCUGUCAAAGGUAUCGUCAAAGACUCGGGCGGUUGCCGCACGCGACAGCAACAUAAAGCAGUCAUGAACCCUCAAGCCGGGUCGUACGCUGCUCAAAGCACUUUAAAUCUUCCUCAUUCUGCUGUAACUCAACUACAAGGACCCUGUCCGCCUCCGGCCCAGAAACAGGUUAUGGUUAACUCACAGGCCUUGCAGCAGCAGCAGCAGCAGCAGCAGCAGAGCCUGAGUCAUCAAAUGGCUUUACAGCAGCAUCACCCACAGGCUUUACAGCAAAGGAACAUGGCUCGUUCACAAGCUUUACAACGACAGCAGAGCCUGUCCCAGGUUCAGACAACACAUCAACAAAGAUUGGUACAUCCACAGGGUGUGCAGAGACAGCAUAGCCUGCCUCACGCCCAGGCUCUGCAGGUGCAGCAGCAGCAGCAGCAGCAGCAGCAGCAGCAGCAGCAGCAGCAGCAGCAGCAGCAGCACGGCCAGUCCUGCUCAUCCGUCAUACCACAGCAGCAUCUUUCUCACAUGCAGACACUAAAGCAUCAGACGGCUCCUCCACAAGCUUUACUCACCCAGCAGGGAGUGACUCCGGAUCUGCGCCUCUUAUCUGAUGGGGCUCAGCUUCCGAACCUGCAACACAGCCAGGGGCUGGUGGGCUCACAAGCCCUCCCCCAGACCGCUGCCACAGGCCCUCCUAUCAUGUCCAACAGCCUGCAGCACCCCCCGCCGGGACAAUACGGUCCGCGGAAGCUCCCGGAUGCAGACGCCCCACCAAAUGUAACUGUAUCUACCUCCACCAUUCCACUGUCCAUGGCAGCCAGCUUGCACCAGAACCGGCCCAGUGACCUGAGCAGCAUCGUGCAUCAGAUCAACCAGCUGUGCCAGGCCCGGGCCGGCAUGGGCGCCACCUCGGUCUGCGAGGGCCAGAUCGCCAACCCCAGCCCCAUCAGCCGUAACCUGCUGAUCAACGCCAGCUCCAGGGUGUCGUCUCAUCACCAUCCUCUGGGCAACGCCCCCAGCUGCCUCAUGGUCGGACACCCGGACAAGGCUGCAGCUCAGACUCCCAACGCUCCUCUCCACUCACAGCCAAGUAUAGCUGCCACCAACAGCCUGACCGCCUUCCACGCGGAGAGUGAGAAGGUUCAGCAGCAGCUUCAGCAGCAUUUACAUCAGCAAAAGCAGCAGCAGCAACAUCUGCAACAGCUGCAGCAGCAACAGCGCUCCUGGGCUCAGCAUCAACUAGCCCACAUGCAGCAGCCCCCCGAGGGCGCCCACCCCUGCAAAAACCCAAGAAUGGAGCCUCCAUCCGAGUGCGCGUUCCCCUCUCGAAACCUCAGCUAUUCCCACAAGAUACCCAACACCUCGCAGGGCUUUUCUUUAAAAAAUCCUGCUGAAAAACCCCGACCUUCGUCCCCCGUGAACUGCACAGUAGCUUCUAUGCCUUACAUUAAUGGUCACUACAUGCAGCCGCCGUGGAGCAGCAUCCCAACCUCAGCAGGUAACAAUGGAUCGUGUCCUCAGGACUUCCAGGGAGGGCAGGCCGCCGCCUCCGCCGACCGCAUCCCAGGGGCAAAGUACCGGCCGGGGAAAGACGGAAGCACCGGCCAGUCCAAGUUGAUGCACAGUGUGGAUUUCUUAGGUGGUGACUUCCAGAUUCCCAGCUUCCAGGAGCAGAACAUGAAUGUGAUCGAGAAGAUGCACAGACCAGCUAUGGGCCAAGUACAAGAGACCAGCAACAGCGGCGGUGUCCACAUUCAUCACCCGGGCUACCGUUAAAGUCUGCGUUUUUGUCUCUGCUCGCUAUUUUUCAAGUGUUUUUUCAACAGCACUUUGAGCUUCUUUUGUUUUUAUUCUUUAAGAUCCGGCAAGUGAGUGAGUGGAUGUUAUCGCUUCGAAGCUUAAUUUGGAGACCAAGAAGGUUGCAAUGUUUUCUAGUAUUCCUCAGGUCUGAAAACCAUGUCUUAAAUUAGUUGAACAUGAAGGGGUUUUUGAGAUUGUUCUGUCAACCGUUUCCAUCUCCGGCAUGGAUGUGCUGCUCUCGGCUCACGUAUAAAUGAUCUAAAAUGUUCCUUUGCAGCGGCGGAUGUUCUCGCCCGGUUACUGUCACAGUGCUUUUUACAGGUUGACAUGAAUCCACUCAACUUUUAUCAGCAUUCGUGGCCUUACAACUGUCCCCAUAAUGGCAAGCUUUAGGGUGUCCUCUAGUAAUCUUUUAAUUUCAACAUAAUUACCCUCUUCACUGGGUUGUGAUCCAUUUGAAUAAGAAAGUAUGUAUAUGCAAAGACUUUCUGUAAAGUUUUAGUCUGAUUUCCUCUCAUAGUUGUUAUUUGUCGGCAGGCCUGAGUGAGAGUUAUGACAUCUGAACUGCACCGUCAUGGUCCCGGUUCUGCUCUGUUCUGUGGGGGAACAUGCUCCACUUCUGAGAUUCAUUUAGUUUAAAAGUGCUCUCUUGUGUGUAAUAUUUCAAGAACUGUUUUUAUUACUAUUUUUGUUGUAUAUUUGUAGAUUGUCCUACUUGAAUUGUAGAAAUUACUUGUAAAUGUUAUGCCUAACAUUUGGCACAAGGAGCAUAAACUCCAUUAGCCCAUAGUUGUCUGUAGCUAAUGUGAAACAGAAUAGCAUCCCAUUAUUAUUAUUAUUAUUAUUAUCAUUAUUAUAAUUAUUAUUGUUGUUGAAAUGGUGUGUGUAUCUGUAUGUGAAAAGCAAAUUGAUGACUUGCAAGCAUGCAAGUACUUCAGAUAAUGCAAGGAAUGCAAUGCAGGGAAAAUACUUUAUUUCCCUUUCAAAAUCCAUGUUAUCACCACUUGACUACUGUAAUGCAUCUGAGCUGACGUGGUGUGGAUGUUUCCAGUGUGGCUUGUCUCCCGAUCACUGGCAUCGCCCUGUGUUUGAUUUCGAGCUCCUAUAACGAAGCAGGAACACGUUAUGCUAGGUCUACUCUAACCUGAAGCUCCAGACCAAUCUUUCUCUUGUACUUUUUUUUUUAAAUUUAUUUAUAACGUCUGGGAAUAGUUUUGCUUAAAAAUUUCAAGCCUUCUUGGAAAAGGAAAAAAAAAGCCUUAAAUGUCAAACUAGUUAUAUGAUACUAAACAUGCGCUUGUAUAACGGAGCUUGCCAGGAUCCCAACUGAAGUAGGACUGUGUUGCUAAACCUUUUUUUUUUUUUUUUUUUUGGUGGUUUUUUCCCUGAGUUUUGGUUUGUUUGCACCUGCUCAAAUUUCCGUUCUGCUCAUUAGGGGGUGUGUAACGGUUUAUCGCUGGUUGUAAUGGAUGAUAUUGCCUUAAGUUGAAUAAUUGUGGUAAUGCCGGUGAAUAAAUCACACGUACUACUGUCUUUAAUGUUGCGUAUCUAAACGAUUUCAGAUUAUUUUAAAAGUGAAAUAUUAAUAAUGUUUAGGAUAAUAAAUAGGUAUUUAGGACAGGCCUGUAGCAGUUAUUUUAAAGUAUUUGAACAGUGUUUUAGUUAAUUAAAUAUCCUGAUUAUAGUUUAAUUUAUUUCCUUUCUUGGACCAUUGCAUCCUGAAGCCAUAGGUGUUUUCACACGAGGUCCCACAGUUGACACAUAUCGGAGCAGGUGGCGUUACCUGACGAGCUGCACUCAAGAGACUUAGAGGUUUGCAUCCAUGAUGGUCUUCACGACUAGAAGCCGUCUGGUUUUUCUUUCAGAGUUGUCAGAACACAUUACAGGUGAAAAACGGGAGGAAAGAAGUGCAGGAUGAAACAUCUUCAAAGAUGCUGAGAUGCAAGUUUGGUCUUCAUACUUGAUGGCAGUCUUUUUUUUUUGUUCUCUUUGUUUUCCUGGCUCUCACUUUUGGUGUGCCUGUUUCCUCGAAGCUGCUAUUGAAUUUAAUCAACACACACUAGUAUGAUUUGUGUACGUUUGUUUGUAUGUGUGUGUGUGUGUCUCUCUAAAUGGUUCUGAUAUACGGGCUGUUAUCAUUGAAACCAAUUCCUAUUUAUUUGAUGAGCGCAGCGCAAGAAUUUCCACCAGUCACACACCAGUACGUUUGGCUGUUCUACUAGCCAUAUUUGGAGAUUAGUCCAUACAUGAUAACUGACAAAUAUUCAAUAGUGGCAGUGAUUUUAAUUUUUAAUUUUUUGUUUUCAGAGGGUUGAAGCACUGUGGCUUAAAGAGCGUCCAAGACUGUUUGUUUGGGUUUCUUGAGAUUCAAUCAAAAGAGUGAAAACACUAAACAAUUAGACGGAGCUUGUCUGGUUGACGUUGAACUGCCUUGUGGUAAAAGCCCGACUCAGUCAGGUUCUACAGUUUCAUAUGAAGUGCCUCCACUGGGCUUAGUAUGGAGAUGGCGUGUGAAAGGGUGCUUGCUUGCGUGCGUGUGUAUGUUUAAGCUUGGGUAAUUGCACACAGGUGUGCACACUGACGAAAGGUGCACAAAGUUAAUCUCUGUCGGGGGACCAAGCUAUUUAGUGUAACUACUGAUACUGUGUCAUGGACUGAAGUCCUGAAGUGUGCCACGAUUUCCUUGACACUGUCAGGAUGUGUCAACUGUUUGCUGCUGACUCACUGACCAAAGUGACCAAGCGUCCCUCUCUGACCACCCCAGCCAAAAGCCGUGGUAAAACCUGUACCUGGAAUUUAUGUUAA